AUGAACAGCCGCGAUCGCCCUCGGGGGCUGCCUUCAAAUGUCUCACCCACCAGGGAACGACGUCCCAUGGCGGGUGUGCGCAACGGUAGCAACACAAACCCCGCGCCGACGGGGAUGUCGAGAGCAGAGAGGUUCGACGAUGAGAAGCGCCGGCUCAUCCAAUGCUGCUUUGGCAAGCAGGAUGUGGAUGGUUCAGGUGGGUUACCUUAUAUCGGGAUUGAUCGCCGAAUACUUGUGGUUAUGCAACGCAUUGGCAGCAUUUGUAACGGAAGCAAACAUUUAACGGAUAAUGCCUAUGGGACCUAUCUGAAAGACACCGCGCUUCCGGAGAAAAUUUUCACUUUCUAUUGGAUUCUCGAGUCCUAUAUUACGCAUAUUCGAAUUACUGAGGAUGCAGCGUAUCCCUCAACACCUGCCCCGCCGAGCUCACCCCCUGAAAACAAAAAGCCUCGUUUGAUAAUCGUUUCGGUGAGAAAGUCUGGGAGGGUUCGCAUGCAUAAGGCAAGAGAGAAUAAUGACGGCACAUUUUCAAUCGGCAAAACAUGGCUGUUGGACGAUUUAUCCCAUAUCCAGAUUUACGAACAUAUGCCUGCGUCAAGCAAUUCUGAGCAACAACAGAAAAUAUGGGCAUCGAAUGUUGGAUUUGUGGUGACUGUAUCCAAACCUUACUAUUGGCAGGCUGCAACUCCAAAGGAGAGGGACUUCUUUAUUGGUAGUUUGGUAAAGAUCUAUAAAAAGUACACUGGUGGUAGGGUACCAGAGCUCCUUGGUUUCGACUCUCGCGAUCGAGAUACAAUUACCGGUACUGUGGCUCCUGGCGCGCAAAAUGGUCCUUCCCCAGGAUCGCGUGGUCUCCCCUUAGACCGUCCAGAUGGUUCUGGGCCACAGGCCAGGCCCGCGCAAAAUCAAUCCAACACGCCUCAACCACUGUAUCCUACCAAUCAUUUUCCAAGUCGUGAUGGAGCAAGAGAACCAAGAAUACAGACAUCUCAGGAACAGUUCCUGCACGCUCCGCCGGGGCAGGAUGAAGGGCAAAGCCCGCACUCUGAAUUCGCCUCAUCUAAAACGCCCCAGCAAGAAGGGUUUCGUGGUGAUUUAUCUUCGAAUCCAACCGCAAGCAGUACCCUCAAUUCGCACACCCCGACGCCAUUUCAGGCGGCCCAGUCCCCGCGAGCCCGGCCACCUGGUAUAUCUCCAGCACCCAAUCCUUUAUCAAGUUCUACGGGAAACCAAGCUAGAUCACAGUUUGUCAACGAAAAUGGCAUUCGUCCGGCACGAACGCCAGCUCCGAGUGAUAACGUUCGAUCAAUUGAAAAUACUCGUAAAAGUAAACCAACUCCGUUGGGUGCUUUUGAGCAUUCUGCUCCUGCCACGUUGCAACGUCCUCCAACGUCCAAAGGUAGCUCUGAGGAACAAGGGAUUAAGAGUAAGACGGAGGGUCGGUUCAUCGCUCCUUUCACUCCAGAAAAUCACCGAAACCUUGACGCCCGCUCUCUUUCUAGAGGGAGCGAGAAAUCCCUAGGCACCUCGGAGUCUGCGAGCGCGCAACGACAGGUUCCAAUGCUGCGAAGAUCAGGUUCUGGAGACUUUAGUAUCAAUACCAAAUCUGAUACUCGCACGGUAAACGAACCUGAAGAAGUUGUUAAAAAAUCCUCACCUGACGCCAGGGAAAGUCCUAUUGUGCGCGAAAUAUCCGAUAUACCUAGAAAGCUCUCAUCGUCCACCACGCCUAUUUCUCUCGCUGAAUCACUUGAGAAGCCUCUAACGGAAGAAAAAGGAGAGACACAUCGUCCAGGACUUGGUCCAAUGGUGAAAAAGAAGCCUGCCGAACUCGCGUCUACUCUGCGAAAAGCAGCUACCGCUUAUAGCGCUUUCAAACCUAGACCUGGGGGUGCGGCAGAUAGAUUACUGGCCAGCAAAGGGAAGAGUGGGGAGGAACCAGAUGGUAUUACUGGCGUGAUUCCAGCGCCCCAAUCCAGGACCAUGACCGAUGAUUCCGUUAAAACUACUGUUCCUCCUUGGACAGAACCAUCUACGAAGGAUACGCAGUCUAUUGUUCCUCCAACAGAAAUUUCGAAGGCUGAAGAAGUGGCUAAUGUCCAGGUUACGGAGACUGCACUCCAGCCUCAGCCAUCCAAAGGGAUUUCGACUCCUAUAGCUAGUCCACCGGAAAUUGCCUCCUCGAAAGUGUCACCGUCACAAGCAGAACGUCGGCGUCCGCGCCGUGAGGAUAAUACGGCAAAUUAUUGUACGGCGCUCGCAAUCGACCCAAGCCUUUUGGAGGGUAGGGGAGCUUCCUUCGAUGAUAUAUUAAGUGACAUAGGAUGGCAUGGGAAACUGAGUGAGGACAAACGGGUUGAUGAUCUUGAGGCAGAUGUCCGGCGCGAGAUAGGACGGGUGCAAGCAAGUAGUUGGCUAGGACAUCUUGAACAGCAAGAAGGCAAGACCCUAGUGGAUGAUGUUGCUUAUAUCGAAGCACAAUCUCAAGGGUUACAGGUCCAAACUGCGAAUCAAAAACUUCUCCAAAAUGAACUACAAAAUCUCCUCAAAACCAUUUCCAUCUCUUCCGUUGACCUCCGACCUCUCCGAGAAGCAUCCCUUAGCAGCACAGACGGUGUCGAAGAAGCCGAGUCUUCCCUUGCCAUCCUAUACAAAGCAAUGGUGAUGAUUGAUCCUGACAUUAGAAUAAAUAAGAGGCGACUAGCUGAUGCUGCUGGCGACCGUGGUGCAAUUGGAAUCUACGCAGAUGCGGAAGUUGGCCAGAUGCGCGCGGUGAAGGAGAAAAAGGGGGAAUACCGUGACGAAGCCCAGCUUUUCCUCCAACGUUUAAAGCAGUACAUGGGGCUUUCUUUCAAAAUUGCGGAGCAAAAAGCGAUGGAUUUAAUUUCAAGCUCUAAAUCAGGAAAAAUUUUCUUGGGUGCUCAUGAUACUGCCCGACAAGAACUUUGGAUGUAUAACGCUUUCAUGCUUUUCGCUCGUGAGGUCAGCACGGCGGAUUGGACUGCCAUUACCACGCAAUAUGAACAACAGAUGAAGAAAACAUAUCAGAACGAGUUCAGGGAUAAUAUUAUGGCCUGGAAACGCGAAGGGCGGAAGCCUUCAGGUGACGACCAAGAGCUGCUAUUCACACAUCAUGACAAGGAACGUGAUGGAGAGGGUAUCACCACCGCUGCCCGGAAGCUGACCGUGAGGCGAGGCAAAACGGUUCGUGUCGCGGGCACCUCGCGAAUGCCCGUAACGGACAAAUCUGAUGGAAAGAUUGAGGCUUAUGAAGUUUUCGGCGGUUCAUUAGAAGAUACAACGAAACUAAUUGCUGCGGAGCAAAAUUUCGUGGUGAAAUUCUUUCAUAUGACGUCACUCUCAAGCAUUGAAUUCCAGGAUUUGAUUUUAACUGCUCGGCCAGCGGACCGAAGAUUACCCAACCUGAACAUCAACGAGUUUUAUGACCCAGAUCGCGAGAUGGCCAAGAAGGUGGAGCAGAUUAUGGAAGAAAUAUUUUCUUCUUGGAUCACUGAUAUACAGAAUCUAGCGGAGUGGUCCAUUAGAACAGACCCAUUGCAAGGAGUUGGCAUCCUGUUGGCUCUGGAGAGGAAAUUGUCAACCUUUGAUGAAACCAGCCAGGAGUUCAUUGCUCACAGUCUCCAGAAAAUUCAUUCUCGUUUAAUGGGACUUUUCAAUCAGUUCGUCGACGAACAAAUCCGGGCCAUUGAAGAAACAAAAGUCAUGGUGAACAAGCGGAAAGGAGUUAUCUCAUUCAUGAGAAUUUUCCCAAAUUUCUCUGCAUCGAUCGAAAGUAUGCUCCCAUUAGCCUCACAAGAGAGCUUUGAUAUACGUUCCUGUGUGAACGAUGCCUAUGAAAGAAUCAACCGUGCCAUGUGGGAUAGUUUGAAGUUUAUUGCCAAAGAGGGACCUGGCCAGCAACAUGUUGCGUCCGGAGGCGGUCAAGACCCAGAAGACAAAGAAGCACUGAAUUAUCAUAUCCUCUUGAUUGAGAAUAUGAACAACUACAUUGAAGAAGUUGACUGUCGCGAUAACAUGAUUCUCGCUGAGUGGAAAGAUCGAGCUGCGCAUGAUCUGCACGAACACUUGCGGUUGUAUAUAGAUGCCGUGAUCCGCCGGCCCCUUGGUAAAAUGCUUGACUUUAUCGAGUCUACGGAAUCCCUCCUCCAGACAGCUGCGACGCCGACCGAUAUCGCCCUCCGUGCCAGCCAUUCACGGAUUUUUGCGAAGAAACUUCUCACCUCGUACGAUGCGAAGGAACUGCGACGCGGUAUCGAUGCUCUGAAAAAGCGUAUUGAAAAACAUUUUGGAGAUGUAGAUGAUUCAGGCGUUUCACGCAGUUUAGUGGCAAAGGUGUUGAAAGAAUGCGAGACGCAGUAUUCAGAACUACAUGAUCGUAUGAGACAUAUAAUUGAUCUGGUUUAUGAGGGGCAGAUGGAAUUGGAGUGGCGGAAAGAGGAGGCUAUAACCAUGUUCAAGCGAUGA